AUGGCCAAGUUCAUCACGCAAGAGACCUUCGACGAAGUGGUCAAGGAGAACAUGGAGGAUUUCGACAUGGAUAGAGAGAGUGCGGCGAGGGAUGCAGUGGGCCAGUUCAACGCUCAAGGAGCUGAUCUAUCCAACGUCGACACGUCAGCCGACGGUGUCCGUAAGGAUGCAAGGGCCACCAUCAGAGACCACGUAGAAAGGCUGCGCGGGUUUGACUUUAACGGCGGGGGGAAGGGGGAGGGGUUUCCUGAGAGCGGCUGCCUGGAGGCGUUGUCUUCGUUAGGAAACAUGUGCCGGGAAGAAGGGGCCGCGGGGGAGUCCAACAGGGCGGCUGUGGGAGAGGCCGGCGGAGUCGGGGCAAUUGCCCGGUUCUUGGGAGGGGACGCGGACGAAUCACCCCCGAGCAGCGUGGUCCUCGCUGCCCUGAACACGCUGCAAGAUGUGUGCCGAUACUCGGAGAGAAAUCGCGACGCGUUCAUCUACACGAACAUGGACCAGCUGACAUCACUACUUCUGCGGUGGACGAACAACCCGUUACCGGACAUAGACAGCCGUAGCGCAAACGGCCCAGACGAUGUCGCCCUAGGCGAUAACGAUGCCCGCGUGGAGGGAACCGUCGGGCCUGAGGCCAUCUCCGGGGAUGGGGAAUCGAUCGACAAAGACAAAGACAAAGACAAAGACAAGGCCUUGCUUGUGGCGGCCGGGCUGAAGACCGUGAGGAUCGUUUGCACCAAGGUGGAGAACAACAAGGGCUCCUUCAUGAGGCGCAAAGGGGCCGACGUUCUCGUGGAAACAUUGAGGCGUUACGGUGCCGGGGAGGGCAGGGAUGCCGCCGUCACCAGGGAGGCGUGUGCGGCCCUGCGAUCGGUUACCUUGGGAGAUGACCGACGGAAGGACUUUUCAGGCACCUACGACAACGUCAAGGCUCUCGUGUCUGCCGGAGUCAUACCGCUCUUGCUGGAGGCCGCGAGAGAUUCCGAGGAGGACUCGGCCACGCUGUCCCCCGUGUUCCUGGCCCUCAAACAGCUCGCGGCCAAUGACGAGAGCGUCAAGCUGGUAGUGGAAAACGGGGGGCUAGACCUCGUGAGCGGGGCCGUCGUGGCCUUUCCGCAGGAGGCGGUGGUGUGCCGCACGGCUCUGUCGCUGUUCCGAAACAUCUCGGCGAACGACGUUCUCAAGACGAGGCUGCUUCACGAGGGAGGGCUGAGGCUCGUGCUUGGAUGCAUGGCACAGCACCAGAACGACAAAACCCUGCAGGAACACGGGUGCGCCACCAUGGCAGCAAUGUCUCUCCGGUCUCCUCCCAACGGAGCGCAGAUCGUACGAGAGGGAGGGAUUACCGCGGUGGUACAGGCCAUGCGAAGACAUCCGACCGUGCAGCCGCUGCAGAGGCAGGCUUGUCUGUGCAUCCGAAACAUUGCCGCCCGAGGGCCGUCGCUGCGCCCCACCAUGCUGGACGAAGGAUGUGAGGCCGUGUUGAGGGAGGCCGGGAAGCUCAGGGGCUGCGUCGACGAGGCGUACGGUGCUCUACGCGACCUUCAGUGCGAGGUGGGGCUGGUGACGAUGGGAGAGAGCGGGAAGGUCCAAAUCGGGGUGACGGCAUUCGGAGAAGAGAAACCAAACUUCAACCCCUCGCUCCAAGAAACGAAAGAUCUGGGGGAGAGGAUAGAGGGUUCCGCAACCGCUCCGGCGCACUCGGGUCACCGGCUCUAA